AUGUCACGUGCUGUGGUCAACUCUGCACUGGAAUCCGACGGCAUCACCAUCCGCGUCGCCCACAGACUUUCCCCACCAACCCUGCUAGCUGCCGGGCUCCGAUAUCAAAUACCCGACUACCUGUUGUGCCUGUACCUGAAAACCAUCACCAUGAAGCUCGUCCGGUUUUUGAUGAAAUGCGCCAAUGAGACGGUGACCAUUGAGCUCAAGAAUGGAACCAUCCUCCACGGCACCAUCACAUCCGUUUCCCCUCAGAUGAACACCUCUCUCCGCACCGUCAAGAUGACCCCCAAGGGUCGUGACCCCAUCUCGCUCGACACUAUCAACAUCCGUGGCUCCACCAUCCGCUAUUACAUCCUUCCCGACAGCUUGCCGCUAGACACCCUGCUUGUUGACGACGCUCCCAAGCCCAAGAACAAGGCCCGCAAGGAGGCAGACCGAGGCCGCGGUGGCCGUGGCGGACCCCGAGGCGGUAGGGGCGGCCGUGGUGGUGGCCGCGGCCGCGGCCGUGGGCGUGGAUUCUAA